AUGUUAUGGUUUAUCCAUCAUUCUGUUUUCCAGUUUGUUUCCAGAGUUCCUCGACUUAUGAGUUUCUUCAAUAAAUGGAGUCUUCUGUUUAUUGGUCUCAUGCCGUUUGGAUUCCGACUUCUCAAAGUAUAUUCAAUUGAUACUGAAUAUGAGAAAGAAUCUCACGUUAUCCAAGUCAACUGUGUAAUAAUAUUCUGUGCUAGUAUGAGUCAGUUAUUUAUGUGGUUGUCAGUCCAUUGGAAAAGGGAUAAACAUUUACUUGCUCACCAUAAGGGUCUUAAUUAUGGAAUAACUUUAUGUAAAUUACUUGUGUAUCCUAUAAUAAGUGCCAUAUUGUUUGGGUUUGCAUUCUCAUCUAUCAAAAUUACAAUAGAAUAUGUAGCAAUAAUACAGUUGGGUGUAUUAGUUAUCCAUUUUCUCAUCAAAAUUGUUUAUGAAAUAAUAUUUAAAUGUUGUGUAGGGGAUAUUCAAUCAGAUAAUGAAGACACAUCUGAGAUAGACGAUGAGUUAAUGGCACUUGAUAGCCUGCCACGGAUUGCUUCGAAAUCUAAGCGAACAGAAACUUUAAAAGCUGGUGUAUUUUUGAACAACUCUACAGAUGACACACACAUGUGACAUUAGGUUUUUCUGAUUUCGACUUGACUGCUGUACUUUUAAUAUUUAUUUGGCAAAGCACACUAUAUGGGA